AUGCUCCAAGAUGUUGCUGACCUGAAUCUGGCAGAUACCUAUGGAAAAGUCAGUGUCCCUAAACAGUUGGUCAUCAAGAAAGAUCCAUCAUCUAUUCCUGGGGCGGUUAACAAGGCUGGGCUGAGACUACCGAUUGUGGCAAAGCCUUUGGUCGCGAAGUCCCAUGAGCUGUCUCUUGCCUAUGACGAGUUCUCCCUACAGAAGCUCGAACCCCCACUAGUUCUGCAAGAAUUCAUUAAUCACGGAGGCGUGCUGUUCAAGGUUUAUAUUGUAGGGGAGGCAAUAAAGGUUGUCCGCCGUUUUUCGUUGCCUGAUGUGAGCAAGCGUGAAUUGUCAAAGACUGCCGGCAUCGCUAGCCUUAUGCGCUCGUGCGUCGUCCUCGCCUGUGAUGUCCGCACCUUCGCCCUUUGCGGCCACCUCGCGCGUAUCAUCCCCCAUGAGUCACGUGUCAUGUUCGAUCAAGUGUGUAUCAACCGCGCGCCGGGCUAA